CGGAAGAAAAGCGGAGAGCCUCAGAGAGCGCGAGCGAGCGGAGGAGUUUAAUGACACUUUACCGGUACAGACAGGGACCCGUUAAUCUCCCUGUACAGACGUCCACUGAGUUCACACACAGACGCAUACACACGCGCGCGGUAUGAAGCGUACUGGAGUUUAAACCGCACUUGGGACUGAACCGAGCCCCGUGUGUGGAUUUUAUAAACCAGGAAUUAUCUUUUGGGAUUUCUCUAGAGUGUGAACACCUGUACUUUUCCAUUAAUGAGGCAGCCUCCAGCAGAUGUGGACGGUAUGGCGCUGAGGCGCGCGCUCCUGCCCUCCAUCUCCACUUUCACCACCGGAGCCACUGAGCCGAGAUGGAAGGACGAAAUGUCUCAUCUGAAGCACUUUGACAACAUCAUGACUAAAAAAGAGCCAGAAGAAUUUGAGCUGCUCGACUACGACUUCAUCCUCUCUAACAGCAUUAUGCAGCAGCAGCAGCAGCAGCAACAGCAACAGCAGAAUCGGCAUCCUCCACAGGAAAUGACGACAUCAUCAACCUAUACGUCUUAUCACAUGCCAUAUGUUCCAGAUAUCAAUGAUGUUUCUCCGAGCGGCGGAUUUGUCGCUGAACUCAUGAGACCUGAUCUGGACCCCGCCUACCUUCAGCCACUUACUGCUGAAGUCAGCGCCCCUGCUAAUGCUAACACUAACAUUAACAUUAACCUCCACGGGAAAUUUUUGUUGAAAACAACCAACCUUCAAGGCAACAUGUCAGUGUACGGCGAGAGCGAGAACAUGGCUGGAUCAGAACCAUCAACUUUGUUUAUGUGCCGCAGAAUUAAACAGGAAGUCCAGGCCUCCACUUCCUCUUCCUCCCUCUCACCAGAAGAACAUCACACACCUGCACAGGUGUUGGCUCAUCCCUCGAUCUCUGGAAUUCCAUCUCUCAGUUAUCCCCAGUUUGAUGCAGCGUCAGUGCAGUACUCGGAAAUGGUUCCUCCUGCAGCGGAGGAGCCCAAACCCAAACGUGGGCGACGCUCAUGGCCAAGGAAGAGAAUGGCCACGCACACAUGUGAUUAUGUCGGCUGUGGGAAAACAUAUACGAAGAGCUCACACCUUAAAGCACAUCAAAGAACACACACAGGGGAGAAGCCAUAUCACUGUGACUGGGAAGGCUGUGGAUGGAAAUUUGCCCGCUCUGAUGAACUGACUCGUCAUUACCGCAAACACACUGGUCACCGGCCGUUUCAGUGUCAGAAGUGUGACCGUGCUUUUUCCCGCUCUGAUCAUCUGGCACUGCACAUGAAGCGGCAUCUAUAACCUUUAAUCCUAAACCAUGCACGUCCAUAAACUCAGUGCACAUGAUGUCCAUCAAAUCUCCACGAGUUGCCUUUUUAAAUAAAAGACAACGAAAGAAAAUGACCCGAGACACGCUGUGACGUUCACGGCAAAACAAAGUUCACUAUUAUCUCUUUAUUUUUACUUUAUAUAGAAACGCUGAUGACUCAUGAAUUGGGCAAUUCAGCAAACUGUACUGACAAUUUUAUUUAUUAAACUUUAUUAUUAUUGUACAUCAACAUUACUGCCAUUUCAUGUCUUCACUACACCUGGCUGUUCACUGAAGAGCUUUACGUCUCAGAGCGAACAUCCCACCAUACUACAGUAUGAUGAACAUCCAGCAACAACGGCUAAGGAUAACACUAAUUCUAAUAAAGCCUCCUGUAGUGUGCACUAAGUUGUGAUAUUCUGCCUCGAGUUUCACCUCACGAGACAGAACCGCAGAACCACAUGGAUCAGAAUGAACAUUUCUCUGUAUAAGAGAGAAAACACGUGAAGGAGAUUAAUUGCCACAAUAGGGACUUGGGAGUACGGUGGUAUUUGGAACACAGCCCAGGAAACGGAAGCACACAGGAUAUACGGUUGAUUUAGUGUUCUUGUCUUCCAGCACAUCAGUGACUCUGAUGAGUUCACUGAUCUGUUUUUUUUUUUUUUUUUUUUUUUU